GCGGUGUUGAUGGGUGUUUGAACUGUGGCGGCGGAGGGUGACAGGUAGGGACCUGUCCUGGCUGACUGUUACUCCCAGUUACUCUCCACCAAGUCCUCCUAGCAAGGGCUGAUUUGGUGACCCUCCCAAGGAUGAAAUCCCACAACAAGCUGACUAAUUCCUGGGCUCUUAUUUACUGCUGAGUGGACAGGGUCAUUAGGUGAUGGGAAACCCACCUAACCAUUUCUGUCCUGCCCGGGAUUCGAACCCGGAAUUCCUGGUUGUGAGUUGAGAACGAACCCGACUGUACUACUGGGAUCCUUAUUGAGCUGGAAAUUGCAGCAAUUUAUGAAAUGGGGACUCCACAUGGGAAUGUCAACUCAACUCGUCUUUCACUAGAUAUUGCUGACUUGCCUCUCACCCCAUUUGGCAUGAGUCCACGUGGAUCACCCAGGAAACAGCAUAUAUUUCCUUCUCAACGUACCAAUAAACUUUCUCUCAAAAGUCUCAAGCCCUCCCAUGAAAAUGGAUUGACUUCAAAUUUUAAGAGACAGGAAAACAAAAAGAUUGUUUCAAGUUCUAAUAGAAAUUUUAGGCCACAGUUUUCCAGAAUAUCAAUAAGAAAUACUCCUACAAAUCUCCAGACCUUGGAUGAGGACCAUUCUGUUGAUUUCCAAACAGACAGUUUUGAUAUACAUGAUCCUCUGUACCUGGAGGGUUCAGAGGCUGCAGUUCAUUCUCAAGUAUUCAGGGGUGCCACAGUCACAGAUAAAGGGCCAAAUCCUAGGCACAUCAUAAGAGAAUCUAGAGAAAGUAUUUUUACUGACAUUGAUGAUGGUAGUUUUAUUGAAUUUUGCCAUGGAAAAGAAAAUGGGCAAAGUGCUUCAAAUUUGACUAAAGCUGAAAGCAAGUGUGCUCCUCAACUGUAUUAUACUUGUGAAAGUCAAAAUGAAACUUUGUUUUCAACCUCAACUAAAGUUAACAAUGUUUUAGUUGGCUUUCGAAAAUAUGUGGAAGCUGUAAGGAAACAAAAAAAUCUUCAAAGUAUAAUAAAGGAGAGUGAAAGCAAAAUGUCCAAAUUCCCAAUAAAAAAUAAAACAUUUAAAUAUGAUGAAACCAUCAUCACAUGCAGUGCUGACAUAAAAAUGUAUGGAUCUAAAGUGAAUUUUAAAAAUGCUGCCAAUAGUACAAUGAUUGAUAAACAUUCUAACCGAGUACAAGUCUCUCAUCCUCCUGUCUUUCCCAACAUAUCAACUCUUUCUGUUCCUACUGAAGUUGUGUCUAGUUCAGACUCUGACCAUCCAACUCCUGAUACAUCUCCAAUGUACUUUAAAAGAAAGCCCACAAAAAAUGUUAUUCAAACUAUAAAUAUAUCGGAAAGCUCUGAAGAUGAGUCUAAAAUAGUAAGAGGUUUGAAUGAAAAUAAAAAGGUAAUUUUAAAGAACCAGGAGAAUUAUAAUACAUCAACACAAAGAGCUGUUCUAUGGUCACAAGAAAUGUAUGGUCAUUCACUCAUAAGUGAGGAUGUAAGCAUAGUGGAUAGUACUCCUCCAUUGAGACAACAACCUCAGAAAUUAGCAAAUGGCAACAAAAGCAAUAAAGGUAAUCUAGAUCCUGCUAGCCCAGAGAAGGGGACUGUAUGUAUGCCUGUCAAUCAGUAUACUAAACCACAGAUUUUGUGUGAAUUAAAUCCACUUUGCGCAGCAGCUCCAGACAUUCUAGAUAAAGUAACACCAACGGAAAAUACAAAGAGCCCUGUAGUAGCAAAAUGGAUAAUUUCAAGUCCUUUUAAAGAUAGUUCCUUUGGUACAAGUUUUGUACAUGAAAAAUAUAACAUUCAUAGUGAUGAUCCAUCCAGUCCCACAAAGCUUGUAGAUAUUAGCAAUCAAUGUUUGAGAUCUGAGAGAAGUCUUGCUGAUGGGCUUGGGGAAAGUCUCAAAAAAUCGAAAAAGGCUUCUUAUUCUGUUAGUAAAGUUAUAAAAUCGCUUUCUGUGUCUAAUAGCUCUGACAACUUUAGUGGGAAUGACACAAAUUUGUUAAGAAGAGGUGGUAACAUUGGAGGAGUGGUUGAAUUAACAGAUGAAGAUUCAGAUGAUGGCAGUGAGAGAAUAUCUAAUCCACAAAGAGCACAAAACGUAGUCGUGAAAAACAUUAGUUCAUCCAAGCAGGAUUGUGCUGAUAUAUCCCAUGAAGAUUCUCUCCAUCUUAGACUCUCUGAGGAGCUAAGUAAAUCUAAUAAAACAAAUGAGAAGACAGUGCUUACUAUUGGUAGAGAUGCCACAUCUCCAGGCACCUUGAAAAACAGCCCAGUUGAUAGUCCCAAUAAUAGUUCAGGUAAAAUUACUAGAACACAAAAUUCAAGGCAUGUUCGAAGGAUUAUUGAUUCUGACUCUGAAAAUGAGAUUCACUUUAAUUACAAAGAUCGAGCAAAUGUCUCGGUUGACUCUGAAACCUCCUUACCAGAUCUUGAAAUACAAUCGUAUAAAACUUCCUCUAAUCCUGAAUCUAAAAGAAUAUCACAAAUUAGUACAGGUGAAAGUGGGAAUAUUCAUAUUUAUAGUGGUGAGCAGAGAAAACAUAUGGGUGCUGUUAUGAAAAGUGUUACUAAAGACUUUAGGAAAAGUUCAACAAGACAGCAAAAAUUCAAGAGAGCAGUGAAAAACAAAGUUGAAAAUAAAAAGGAUCAAGUCAGAGAAGUGAAAGAGAAUGUUAAGAAACACAUUGUCUUUGAAACUGAUAGUGAGGGAGACAGUGAAGAUGAAGACAGUUUUCUCUGUCAAGUAAGAGAAACGUCUUCGGAAGAGGAGGAGGAUUAUAAAAAGAUACUGAAAGAUAAUGAUACUCCUGAAAAUGUACCAAUCUUGACAAAGGAAAAACAAAGAGCUUUGGUUAAUGAAUCUUUCUCUUCGAGUGAAAGUGAGAAUAAAGCUGAAAAUGAUAGUUUUGAGCUUUAUUUAACAAAUGUGAAGAAGCAAAUAGAGGAAAAGAAUAAACUUUAUGUAGACGACAAAAUCCAGGAUAAAUACGAGUCAAGCUUCAUUAACGAUGACAGCGAUGAAGAUGAUAGCUACAGUCUGCCCCCUCUAACUCUGAAAUUCUCCCAAAAUGAUGUGCCUGAGCCAGCUGUGAAUUACAAAUAUUGUGGCAGCAUUUCAACUGAUCAUAGAUCACAUAAAAAGAUUGAAAAGUCAAAGAAAAUUAUUACAAGUACAAGCUCUUCAUCUUGGCGUGAUUCUCCAACUAUUAACAUUUCUUCCGAUUCAGAUGAAGUUUUUUCUGUAAAUGAAGUUAGAAGAAAACCAACCCAGCCUUCCUUGCCCCUUGUUACUCCAAAAUCAAAGGGUUGUGGUAAGACCAUGCCCAAAACUGAGGGAAAUUUUAUACCAGUGUCAAGAAGAUACAAAAUGGGUGGAAAUUGCAAUGUUACUCCAACAUUAUCUUUCCUGGCAUCACUCUCUACAAAUGUCCAUUUAGGUCGAUGUCAUCCUGAGGCCGUCGUCUAUACUAAAAAUUUUAAGAAAAGCCGGGAACAAUUGUCAGAAAAAUUAUACAAUUAUUAUAAUAAUUGUAUCUUUGAAAAUAAACUCCCUCCUGUAAUGAAUAUUAAGUGGAAUGCAAGAAUGACCAAGACGGCAGGUUUUUGCUAUUAUCAGAUAGAUAAAUCAAAACCAAGUGGAAGAGGAGCUCGAAUUGAGCUUUCCAUGAAGGUAAUCGAUUCUAACGAGAGGUUACGAGACACCCUUAUUCAUGAGUUGUGUCAUGCUGCUGCCUGGAUCAUCUCUGGUUACAAGGAUGGUCACGGGCCACUCUGGAAGGCAUGGGCAUCAAUAGCAACACAAAGAUGCCCAGAACUUCCAGCCAUCAACCGAUGUCACUCAUAUGAGAUCAACUGCAAAUAUACAUACAAAUGUUCUUCCUGCUCUUACAGCAUUGGACGUCAUUCCAAAAGUCUUGAUACAGAGAAAAAAGUUUGUGGAUUCUGCCAUGGAAAAUUUGAAUUGAUUGUGAACUCGCAGCAAGGAGGACAAAAGGGGACUGGGAGAGGCAACCCCUUGGAGGUAAAUGUGGCUGUUACACCUGCUAACUACACACCCAAAACACCAAGACCACCAGGAGCAUUUGCUCUGUUUGUAAAGGGAAAUUAUGGAACAGUUAAGAAGUCUAAAGAAAAUCUGAAGCAUGCUGAUGUAAUGAAGAUUUUAAGUACAGAAUUUGGGAAGAUGAAAGCAGGCAGUAAUUGAAAAGUAUUAUUGAUAAGCUGUCAAUAUUUGGAUAAGAUUUAUAAAUGUUUAUUGCCAUUUUAAAAUAAAUAGUUUUUAAAUUAAGAUGUUUUCCUUUAAAUUAGCAUCUUUAACACCUGUAUUAUCUAAAAUAUUGUUGGCCACAGUGUGAUAAGUAAUAUUUUACAUUUGGUGAAGUAACUUUACAAUAGAUAUAUUUGAAUAUGCUAUUUGCUUUGCAAGUCAUUUUCCCCAUUGGCACUGCAAUGGAAGUGAGGGGGAGGGGACGUUCACACACCACUCGUGGCCUGGUCUCUUGCCUAAGCCUCUUGGUUGCUUGUCUGGUAAAAUUAGGCUGGCUGUCCCUGCAGCUUACGGUCCAUCGUAGGAACAUUAUCAAGCCUCAGAGAAAAAGAUGGGGGAUGUCAGCCUGCCAGGAUGAAUCUGGAAUCUCACAUUGCAGCCAAUAAGCCAAAGUGAACCUGUACUCCAAAAAGAGACCAGAUCCAUCAAUGAAAAAGGUCUGAAUUUUGCAGAAGGUAUUGAAACAAAUCCAUGCAGACAUUAAAGGAAAAAAAAGAGCAGCCAAAUGAUACUUGUACAAAGGAGGAUAUGAAAAGUUAUCGCUCUGAAGCAAAAAAUGCUCCAGAGAGGGUACAGAGGUCUAAGAAGGGUUGAAGGACACGCCUCGGGUUCCUCCCUCAAGCCCAGAAACCUGCCAUGAAGGCAGAGCCAUGGUCAUAGUCAUAGACAUAGUCCUUGCUCCAACAAAUGAGAGAGGGGGGUGCCCAAUGGAGAAGGCUCAUGUAGUGGGGAAGUGGUUGUGAAGAUAAAUGCCCUGAAAAACCAGUGGGAGCAGAAGGACAAGCUAUACCCUGCCCUGAUUCUGAAAUCCUUUGAUGCUUUGGAGCUGGAACCAGGGAGCACCACACAACAUGGUAAGGAAGAGGCAGCACAGACUGAAUCCAGGUGGAGAUCACAAACACCUCCAAUUCAGUCCCUAAACACCAUAGGGUCCAGCUCUGGUGCAUCCAACCUAUCACAAUGCUGUGAACAUCUAACUCUAGCACACCUAGCUUUCAAAGUGGCAGCUGCCUGAGAAGCUUCUGCAUUGGAAGCUGAAUCUGUCACUGUGUAGACCCAGAGAGAGAAUAAACCGCACAUGAUUCAGAGUCGUAGGUGUCUACUCAACAGGCAGCAUGGUGGAGGCAGAAAGAAUGAUCAUUGUUUGGUAGCAAAGACGAUGAGAACCCUUCACAUUUGCACGUGGUUAGUGUGGACUUGAUAGGCUGAAGUAACCAUGUCAAAUACUUGCAAGGGGUCUGAAUGCAGCCAACAAAGUGGGACAACCAGGCUAUGACUGGUGUCUGUGGUGUCAUAAAAACAAACAUGCAAGCCCCAGCACAACCAACAGAAUGCCUCCAGCCUAGAGCUCAAACAGAGCAGCCAAAGACUCGCAAAUAGCCCUAAGCUAGGCUCUCCACUCUGGUGCCCUAGCCUCUUGGAUAAACUACCAAACAGACCAGAGAAGAUAUCCUUAAAUGCAAGAGUAGUGCUAGAGGGCACUCUGGGAAGGACCUAGAGUACAUGCAACCCAAAGAACAACAAAAGCCAAGCCCACACAACAAGCUGGGUAAAAAACAUACAUGUGAAGCAGAAACUAAUAUGUGGAACAGUACAAAGGAAAUGGUCCCCGCAAGAAAAAGUCCAAGGAUGGCCGAGACUUAGCUUGAAGCAGAGGGGCUUGCCGUGUCUGAAAGACCCAGAAUACUACUGUCCAGCUGGACAUCAGUGAAUGAGGUGAGUAAAGAAGAUGGAUGUAUAUGUAGAAUCUGGGCCAUUUGGUGGUAGCAUUUGGUACUAUGAGUUUGUGCUAAUUUUGAAAGUUUCUCUUGUUCUGCAUCAAUCGUUUUCAGAGUUACAUGGCAAUUUUGAGGCUUCUGUUAACCCUCAAGUUGUCUGCAAAAUUUCACCCACCGGCUUUCUGGAUGUUUUCCCAUGGUGGCGGAAGUGCUAGGAUUUGGCUCUGGUCCCUGGUAGGCCAAAAAGAACUCCCACAUUUAACGCAACUCAUUUGCAUGGAUUCAUCUCGACGAGAUCGCUUCCCUAUCAAACACUGUAUUAACAUUAUUUUUUCUAUUACAGGAAUAGUGAAAUACAUACUUAAAUUUGCAGUCUCACAUUUAAUAUAAUAAUGUUUAAAAAGAGGUAUUAAACAAUAAUAUAUACAAUAAAUACAACCAUAUGACAGGAAUGAAAAAGCAGACAGUCACAUACUGCUGACAGGCCUGAUUAUAAACAUAAUUCCAGGAAAAUUUGUCAGCUCUUUAAAAAAAAAAAAAUGCACCUAAAAAAUACAUGCCAAA